GCCGGAGCGGAGCCCGAGCGGAGCGGGGCGGCGGCCGGGCGGGGGGCGCGGGCCGGCGGAAGAUGGCGAACGUGGGGCUGCAGUUCCAGGCGAGCGCCGGGGACGCGGACCCACAGAGCCGGCCGCUGCUGCUGCUGGGGCAGCUGCACCACCUGCACCGCGUGCCCUGGAGCCACGUCCGCGGGAAGCUGCAGCCCCGGGUCACCGAGGAGCUCUGGCAGGCCGCUCUAAGCACGCUUAACCCAAACCCCACGGACAGCUGCCCCCUGUACCUGAACUAUGCCACCGUGGCCGCCCUGCCCUCCAGGGUGAGCCGGCACAACAGCCCCUCGGCGGCCCACUUCGUCACCCGACUGGUGCGCACCUGCCUGCCGCCCGGAACCCAUCGGUGCAUUCUGAUGGUCUGCGAGCGCUCCGACGCCUUCGCCUCUGCGUGCGCCCUGGCCCGAGCCUUCCCGCUCUUCACCCACCGCUCCGGGGCUGCCCGGCGUGCAGACAAGAAGACGGUGACGGUGGAGUUUUUCCUGGUGGGACAAGACAACGGGCCGGUGGAGGUGUCCACUCUGCAAUGCUUAGCAAACGCCACAGAAGGCGUGCGGCUGGCUGCCCGCAUCGUGGACACUCCCUGCAACGAGAUGAACACAGACACCUUCCUCGAGGAGAUUAAGAAAGUUGGAAAAGAUCUGGGGAUCACCCCAACGAUCAUCCGAGAUGAGGAGCUAAAAACGAGAGGCUUUGGAGGAAUCUAUGGUGUUGGCAAGGCUGCCCUCCAUCCCCCGGCGCUGGCCGUCCUCAGCCACACCCCAGAAGGAGCCACACAGACCAUUGCAUGGGUGGGCAAAGGGAUCGUCUAUGACACCGGGGGUCUCAGCAUCAAAGGGAAGACCACCAUGCCUGGGAUGAAGAGGGACUGCGGGGGUGCCGCGGCUGUGCUGGGGGCCUUCAGAGCUGCCAUCAAGCAGGGUUUCAAAGACAACCUCCAUGCUGUGUUCUGCUUGGCUGAAAACUCUGUGGGCCCCAAUGCUACGAGGCCAGACGAUAUCCACCUGCUGUACUCAGGAAAGACUGUGGAAAUCAACAACACUGAUGCGGAGGGCAGGCUGGUGCUGGCGGAUGGUGUGUCCUACGCCUGCAAGGACCUGGGUGCGGACAUCAUCCUGGAUGUGGCCACACUGACCGGAGCUCAGGGCAUUGCCACGGGCAAGUACCACGCCGCUGUGCUCACCAACAGCGCGGAGUGGGAGGCGGCCUGCGUGAAGGCCGGGAGGAGGUGCGGGGACCUGGUGCACCCCCUGGUCUACUGCCCCGAGCUGCACUUCAGCGAGUUCACCUCGGCCGUGGCCGACAUGAAGAACUCCGUGGCGGACCGGGACAACAGCCCCAGCUCCUGCGCCGGCCUUUUCAUCGCCUCACACAUCGGCUUUGACUGGCCUGGGGUCUGGGUCCAUCUGGACAUCGCCGCCCCGGUGCACGCCGGUGAGCGCGCCACGGGCUUCGGCGUGGCCCUCCUGCUGGCGCUCUUCGGCCGGGCCUCCGAGGACCCUCUGCUGAACCUGGUGUCCCCACUUGGCUGCGACGUGGAUGCCCAGGAGGGGCAUGUAGAGAGGGACUCCAAGAGGCGCAGGCUUGUGUGAGGCCUGCCACUCCCCGGCCCCCGGUGACACAAGGCUCUUUACCUCACUUUGCACUGAUUAAUUUUAAGCAAUCAGAAGAUUAUACCUUAA